AUGAAAUGUAGUGUAAACUGUAAACGUAUACAUACUAUUUUACUUUAAAAUCUUGAUUGAUUGAUUUAAUAAUUAGAUGUCUUAUCAUUCGAUGGUUUAAGUAAUUUUUAUAUUUAUUAAGAAGAAAGUGAUUCGAGAAGUGAACUCAGUGAUGACCAAUUUUUAAAUGUCUCAUACGAAAAGUAGUUUAUUAGCAAAUAUGUUUAUUUUCUAAUUUCUGCGUAUGUAUUCACUGAAAAUAAGAGAUAGUAUAUAUUAUUAUUAACCCAUACCACUGUUGAUUUGAUAUUGUAUACAUGGAGGAGUAUAAAAGUAAUACAGUGUCAGGAAACAGCAGAGCUCUUUUCGAUCCAGGCUGGAAUGACCCACCAACACUUGCGUACACCUCUCAACAGUCAAAUCCGAACAGACCACGCAACUUUCUUAACAAAAGAGUGGCUUUUCCUCUUUCAAACAACAGUAGUUUACAAUCAUCAUCACCAACCACUGUGAACUUACCACCAGUAGCUGUUGUACCUCCACUAAUCACAAAACCUAUUUCAACUAUAAAUAUACCAGAAGUUGUUGAAAAUGGAGAGAAAAUGUUGGUGGAAGUAAAAGAAGUGCUUAUUGGAAUAAUAGAAAGUAGCACAGAAUUGGGAUCUAAAGCGGAAGGUAUAAGAAAGAGAAUAAAUACCAUGGAAGAUAUGUGGAGAGGCGGGAAACUGAAUGUACAAGUCCAGAAGCAAAUGGUUGAGUUGUCAGAAGCUUUAAAAGAAGAAAACCUCAGUAAAGCUGAUGAAAUACACAAAGCACUAAUGGUCGACCAUGUGAGUUGUGUCGGGACCUGGAUGCCAGCUGUGAAACAACUCAUAUAUCAUUCUAUAGCUAAGCUAGAAUUACUGUCUAUUGAUAAAGAUAAUUAACUUGAAGCAAAAAAAAAAGAGAUGUGUAUCACUACUAAGUAAUAGUAUGUUUUUGUAAAUAUAAAACUAGUUUCAAAUUAGUUCUUUCUAAUCUGCUGCUAUACAUUUUCAGUGUGAGAAUGCAGAUUAUGAUACAAUUUGCAGAAAGAGCAGGAAAAUGAUUUGCACUGACUAAAGUUUUAUUACUGCAAUAAAUAUCUGAAUUGAAUAAAUAUUCAUUAACAAUAGAUAUGAUCAUUUCAAAAUUUAGCACUAAAUUUAAUAUUCAGUAAAAUUUAUUUAUGACUGUAUAUAUUGUUAUAGUUUAAUGUUCAUGUGUACAAUUUUAUUCUUACAGAUGUAAUUUGAUUAGAAUUUUAUGUGAUAUGUAAAUAUAAAGAUGUUAUGUACAUAAAUUCAUUUAACUUUUGU